AUGCCUGCCCCAUUGGAGACCUGCCUCUCCGACCUCGACUGCGCCAGCAGCAAUAGCAGCAGCGACCUGUCCAGCUUCCUCACCGACGAAGAGGACUGUACCAGGCUCCAGUCCCUAGACGCCACCUCGGGUCUGUCCGUGCCAGCCCGCAGGAGCGCGCCCACCAUCUCGAAUGUUCCUGGCGCGCCUGAUGAAGAGCAGGAACGGCGUCGCCGGCGAGGUCGUGCGCGGGUGCGGUCUGAGGCGCUGCUGCACUCCCUACGAAGGAGCCGUCGGGUUAAGGCCAACGAUCGCGAGCGCAACCGCAUGCACAACCUCAACGCUGCUCUGGACGCACUGCGCAGUGUGCUGCCCUCGUUCCCCGACGACACCAAGCUCACCAAGAUUGAGACGCUGCGCUUCGCCUACAACUACAUCUGGGCCCUGGCUGAGACACUGCGCCUGGCAGAUCAAGGGCUCCCCGGGGGUGGUGCCAGGGAGCGCCUCCUUCCUCCACAGUGUGCCUCCUGUCUGCCUGGGCCCCCGAGCCCGGCCAGCGACGCUGAGUCCUGGGGCUCCGGAGCCGCCGCUUCCCCCUGCGCCACUGUAGCGUCGCCACUCUCUGAUCCCAGUAGUCCCUCAGCCUCCGAAGACUUCACCUAUUGCCCCGGCGACCCCCUUUUCUCCUUCCCGGGCCUGCCCAAAGACCUGCUCCUCACGACACCCUGUUUCAUCCCGUACCACUAG